AUGGCCUCCGUCCCUGCUGCCCCCUCCGUACCUCUGACUCCAGCGGAGAGAGCUCUGAGGGACUCACUAUUGCCUCAGGAGUUCCGAGAUGUUCACUUGUACGCAUUCACUCGGAAGACAAUCUUCUCGGACGGCUCCAGCCGGAUCGAUCACCCGUUACCCAUCUUUGCCGUAGGGUCCAUCCUGAAGGAUACGGACCAUUUCUCGAAACUCCUAACCUCUGGUUUCGCCGAGGCUAGCACUGAUGGGCAGAACCCAAUUCGACAGUAUGCUCACGAAUCGGAGUAUGACUAUGAUUCCGACAGCGAUCUCGACGAGUUUGAGGAAGUCGAAGAUGUGCGAACCCCUGUAGCCUCUCUGUCUUCUAAGGGCAAGGUCAAAGAAGAGAAUGUGAACGAGCCGGAGAGUCCCAUGAGAAUGGAGGGCGGUAGAAACGAGAAAUCCCAUCGGGUUUUCAUUCCCAACAUAGCCCACCGCACCCUGAAAGCUUGCAUCUUCUACUUGUACACCGACAAGAUCAACUUUCUUCCUCUCCGCUCGAAAGGAUCGGCACAGAGACGCCUUGCUUUUUUGACCACAGCCGGUACUCUUGCUCCUCCAUGCUCUCCGAAAUCUAUGUAUCGCCUAGCCGAAGCGUACGGCAUAUCGAAGCUGCAGGACCUUGCGUACGACGCAAUAGUCUCCCAGCUUGGUCCGCAGAACAUCGUGACAGAGGCCUUCUCGAGCUUCUUUGCAAGAUAUGAUCGCCUGCGGGAGCACGCCGUCUCCUACCUAUCUCAGGUUUACUCCGAUCCCGCAGUCCAAGAAGCUCUUCCAGAUUUUGUUGAUAGAAUCGCGCUGGGAUGUCUCCCGCACGCCAGUGGGGUCCUCCGGUCCCUUCUCGGCCUACGCGUCACGCUGGCGCCUCCAUCGAGAACUACUCAGCCCAUCCGGAACAUCCAAUCGGAACAAGGUGUGCACGGCUGA